AUGGAUAGGGGAGACAGACUUUUAAAUGAAUUAAUAUUACCAAAUUUAGAUGAAGAUAGUUUCAAAGAAAAGUCGGAAGAACUGAGGUACGUCAGAAUGCUAUCAAAUGAUUACCAAAGAGAGUCAAACUUAAAUAAACUUCUCAACUUAAGAGAUAAGGUGAAAAAGAGGGAUCUCAUUAAACGGGAUGAUCGUAGGAGACUGCAGAGGCUCAGGUUAUGGGCAAGGGAGAAUGCAGGCAUCUUAUCAGCUGGUCUAAUUUCCUCAUCAGCUGUAAUCAUAGGACUGGUAGCAUCAACUAGAAACAUAUUGUGGAAAGUAGGUGACACAACAGGAAAACUCGAUAAGGGAAUCAGUGAGUUGGUAAACAAUCAAAUAGAACUACCACCUGUAUUCCAGAAGAUAGCCAAUGGAUAG